GAUAGCGGAGUAGAGAGAGAGCACGUAGUGGAUUUUGGUCCGCUUAUGCAUCUUCUUCUUCUUCUUCAUGGCUGCUCCGUCGUCUCCUUCUCCCUUCCACGACGCCCUUCCCGAUGUCAAUGACUAUGUCUGGGAAAAAGAAUCAGACGGAUUGCCGUGGGACACACUUCGCCAUGUUUACGAGCUUGUGCAGAGUGGCAAUGAAGCAUUUCGAGAGAAUAGAAUGGAAGAGGCAAUCAGCUUUUAUUCGCGAGCCAAUAACAUUAAAUCUGGUGAUAUGGUCAUCCUCGGCAAUCGCUGUGCAGCUUAUAUUAGGAUUAGUCAAUAUUUAAAGCAUAGAACUCCAUCGGCUUCGGAACAUAGACCAUUGAGUGGGCUUGAUCCUACAACACUUGCUGAACUGGGUUUGAAGGAUGCUGAGAAGCUUGUUGACCUGCAAAGUAAUUCAGCUAAUCCUUACAUUUUAAAGGCCCAUGCACUUCUUUUGUUGGAGAAAUAUGAGAAAGCCAGGGAUGUUAUUCUUUCCGGUCUACAAGUCGAUCCAUUUAGCAAUCCUCUUCAAGCUUCUCUUCGAAAUUUGGAAAGACUGCCAUCUCAUUCAACAAGGAUGGAUAGACAUGCACAACCAGAGCGAAACGAUGAGUUUGAUUGCACUCUCUGCCUGAAGUUGCUGUAUGAACCUGUUACAACCCCUUGUGGACAUUCCUUUUGCCGUUCAUGUCUAUUUCAGUCAAUGGAUUCUGGGAACAGAUGCCCUUUGUGCAGGACAGUUCUGUUUAUUAGUCCAAGAACAUGUUCAAUCAGUGUGACAUUGAAGAACAUCAUAGAGAAGAACUUUCCUGAGGAGUAUGCAGAACGGAAACAAGAGCAUGACAGUUUAAUCAACCCUGGUGUAGAUUUGCUGCCCCUCUUUGUUAUGGAUGUUGUCAUACCAUGUCAAAAGUUUCCGCUCAAUAUAUUUGAACCUCGGUAUAGAUUGAUG